AUGCCUGGAAAUACAAGUGAUCAAGAAAAUGUUGAAAACGAAAUUCAAGUCGAAGAAGAUUCCACAUAUCCACUUGACAGCAAUAUUUUAUAUCGUAAACGCAUAAAUAACAUUACUAAACGUAGUUUUAAUUACAAUAUUAUAAAAGAAGGAGUUUACCCUAACGGAAUGGAGUCAAAGAGCAAAAAAACAAAUAAUACUUCCAGAAAAAAAUCAUACAAAAUUCCACAUGGUUAUGUUGUAGAAACAACUUGGGGUCGGUCAUUAAAACUGGAAACUAAAGCUAAAAUUUCAGGUCCUUUAUUGUUUGGAUUACAGUUAGAUAGCGUACGAAAAGCACGUGAAACAAGAAAGAGAGGGAAUUUAAUUAAACCAGCUAUUGACUGUAUUCCAUUAACACUUGAAAAGUGUGCCAAGAAAAUCACAACAAGAAUACAAUUUAACUUCAAGAAUGAUGUCAAAGGAGUUUAUCAUCAAUCUGAUCAAGUUAUAUUGAAAAAUGUUGAAUUUUCUGUUAAUGAAAUGAAUUAUUUUCAAGUAAAUUAUGGAUCUGAAAGUGAGAUCAAUAAAACCUACAAAUUUCAUUCUGUAGUAAAAGCAGUUGAUCAAGGUCAAAUACCUAGAGAUUCUUAUCGAGAGCUAGCAGCUGUGGAGGCUCAUUUACCACGUGAAAAUUCUGUUUCUAAUGAACGUAUUGCAAUCACUAAUUCCAUGAACCAACUAGUUAAAGUAUUAUUAAUUGAUAUGAAUGGAAAAGAUAAAUCAAAAGAAACUUUUGAAUUUAAUGAUGAAUCAGAAUUUACAAAUCCAGAAAUUACUCAAGAAGUUAUUGACACAAUGGGCGUGGGUGUUUACCAAAGUGUAAAAGAUAUUCUUUAUUAUAUUAUUCCUUAUCUAAAAGAAAAAAAGUAUUGA